AUGGCUCCGGCAGACGACAAUCAAAUCAAACACUCAAAAGGGUACCUGCAGCUAUACCCAAUCUCCUCCAAUGGCUACCCUUACGCUGCGCCACCCUCAGCCUCCUACUAUAACCCACAACCACAACCGUAUCAUCCACCAUCCCACGAUAACUGCUGCAUCUCCUGCCUCCGCUGCUCGUUUAUCCUGCUGUGUUCCGUCGUCUUCGCUAUGCUUCUUUUCAGCUACAUCACCUGGCUCGUCUUCCAGCCGGAGCUCCCCGAGUUCAGAAUAGACUCCUUCUCUGUACCCACCUUCAAGAUCUCCAACUUGGAACUCACUGCAAAAUGGGAGGUCGCCAUGAGCGCAAACAACCCGAACAAGAACAUGGCUUUGAUGUAUGACGGCUUGAACACCGGCUUGAUGUACGGGAGCAGCAUCCUGACCAGCGUUUUGCUCACGCCUUUCUACUUGGAGAAGAUGAACCACACGGCGUUGCAGGCGAAGAUGGUUGUGUAUUCGGAGAACAUGAAAGGAUUCCUGGUCGAGAAAAUGGCCAUGGAUCGGAGCCGUGGGUUCAUGAAUUUCAAUCUGAAGAUGACCGCCAUGGCCACGUUCAUGGCUGGAUCUUGGAUGUCAAAAACUCGAGCUGUUACUGUUUACUGCGAGAAUUUGAAUGUUGAGUUCUCGGCUACCACAGGAAUGGGGACGUUAAUGGGGGGUCCCAGGCAUUGCUUGGUUCAUCUAUGA